CCGAGUCCCACGUGGUGGCGGGCAGUGGCCAGACCAUGUCGCUUGUGUUGCUGAGCCUGGCCACGCUGUGCAGGAGCGCCGUGCCCCAAGAGCCGACUAUUCAGUGUGGCUCUGAGAAUGGACCGUCUCCGGAGUGGAUGGUCCAACACACUCUCACCCCAGGAGACUUGAGGAACCUCCAAGUGGAACUUGUUAAAACGAGUAUUGUAGCAGAAGACUAUUCCAUUUUGAUGAACAUAAGCUGGACACUCCGGGCAGAUGCCAGCAUCCGCUUGUUGAAGGCCACCAAGAUCUGCGUGACAGGCAAAAGCAACAUGCAGACUUACAGCUGUGUUAGGUGCAAUUACACAGAGGCCUUCCAGAGUCAGACCAGACCUUCUGGUGGCAAAUGGACCUUCUCCUACGUUGGCUUUCCUGUGGCACUGAACACACUCUAUCUCAUCGGGGCCCACAACAUCCCCAACGCUAACAUGAAUGAAGACAGCCCUUCUUUGUCCGUGAACUUCACCUCUCCAGGCUGCCUAAACCACAUAAUGAAAUAUAAAAAACAGUGCAUUGAGGCAGGAAGUCUGUGGAACCCAAACAUCACUGCUUGUAAGAAGAAUGAGGAGACAGUUGAAGUGAAUUUUACAACCAAUCCCCUUGGAAAUACAUACAUGGUUUUCAUUCAACGUAACAUAAUAUUGGGGCUUUCUGUUGUGGUGGAGAAUAAUCUAACGCGGACUUCCGUAGCCAUCACAGUGACUGAGGAGAGUGAAGGGGCUAUGGUUCAGCUGACUCCGUAUUUCCAUACCUGUGGCAACGACUGCAUCCGACGCAAAGGAACUGUUGUGCUUUGCCCAGAGCCAAGUGGCCCCUUCCCUCCAGAUAACAACAGAAGUGUGCUAGGAGGCUGUCUUUCCAUCCUCCUGUUGCUGCUGGUGGCCACUUGGAUGCUGGCAGUAGGGAUCUGUGUAAUGCGGAGGCACGGAAGGAUCAAGAAGACAUCCUUGCCCACUACCACUGCGCUCCUGCCUCUCGUUAAGGUCCUGGUGGUUUAUCCGUCUGAGAUAUGUUUCCAUCACACAGUCUGUCACUUCACUGAAUUUCUUCAAAACCACUGCAGAAGUGAGGUCAUCCUUGAAAAGUGGCAGAAAAAGAAAAUAGCUGAGAUGGGCCCCGUGCAGUGGCUCACCAAUCAGAAGCAAGCAGCAGAUAAAGUGAUCUUCCUUCUCUCUAGUGACAGCCACACUGCGUGUGACAGCAGUUGUGGCCAGAGUAAGGGCAGCCCCUCUCAAGACCUGUUCCCUCUUGCCUUUAACCUCUUUUGCAGUGAUCUCAGCAGCCAGACUCAUCUGCACAAAUACCUGGUGGUCCAUCUUGGCGAGGCUGACAUCAAAGACGAUUACAAUGCGCUGUGCGUCUGCCCUCAGUACCACCUCAUGAAGGACAUCACUGCUUUCCACACAGAACUGCUCCAUGUCACAAACACCAUGUCAGUGAAAAAAUGAUCACAAGCCUGCCACAGCAGCUGUUCCCCCUUAUAGACCACCCAGAAGGGAGAGACCUUGAAGUCCUCCUGCACUACCAAUUCCAGUGACGAAAGCUUUGUGAUGACCUUGAAGUCUACUGUACAGGCUGCUUAUAGGGAGAGCUAUGUAUAAAACAUGCUUUAGAACCGGAGUUGGAAGAAUCAUAACUGAGCACAUAUGCCUUAGGCUGGUGGCUAGAUUUUACGCCAAUAAUAUUGUUACAAACAUUACUAUUAGAACAUCAAUGAAUGGAGCACAAACUUAAAAGGCUAAAUUCCAUUUAUACCUGAAACCGAAGAAUGACUAUCACUGAAAACUCUAAUCAUUCUGGCCAUGAGGGAUAAGGCAUUGUCCAGCCAAAUGUCCAGUCCUGCAUUACCCAUGUUCUGCACUGCAGCUAGAACUUGGGAGCUCUGGAACAUUCUAUGCUGAUUAAAGAAUGAAACACUUGGGCGCUAAUUCAGUAGCUUCCUAGGAGAAAAAGCCUAUCCCACACAAAAACCUGUUUCUAAGGUAGCAUGUGUAGACUAGCAAGCUGGACCAGAUGACCCAGUAUAGUGUAACCACACCUUCUGUCUGGUCAUCUAUGGCCUUCCUGCCAAACUAGAUCCAUGCCGGGACUCUAGAACAGAUAACGUUUUUUUUUGGUAACUUUGAGACAGGGUCUCUCCCUGUAGCCCCAGCUGGCCUGGACUUGCUAUAGAGACCAG